UGGAUCACUUCCGGUUGGUUGUCAGUGACGCUAUCCAGCCGUUGUCAGGUGGGCUGGCCUGGCUCCUGCUAGAUCCGCGCUGGAGGUGGGAUAAUGGUGUGUUUUGUAUAUUUUGGAAAAAACUCUGCUGAAGAUCCUAAAGAAAGGGUAGUUCUUUUACCAACAAACCAGAAGGAAAUAACUUUCCACCUACUUAGGAUUGGAAGACCAGCUCAUUCUUAGCACCUUCUGAAACAAAAUUAGAAUGGAUUGGGGAGAUGAAUAUUCCCAUAAUUCCUUUGACCUACAUUGUUUGUUAAAUUCAUUUCCUGGAGACUUGGAGUUUAAGCAGAUCUUCAGUGAUAUUGAUGAAAAGAUAGAACAAAAUGCUGCAAGCAUAGAACAUUGCAUUAAAGAAAUACAGUCCGAAGUCAACAAACAAUGUCCAGAUGUGCAGUUGCAGACAACAACUGACUGUUUUGAAUGGUUAAAUAACUAUAAUUAUAAUUCAUCCAAGUCACCUUCUAUUCCCCAUGGAGAUUUGAUAAAAUUUCUCAAAACACUGCAAGAUUUGUUGAAGAAUGAACAAAAUCAAGAAGAAAUGAUAUUGGAUUUACUUUGGGACCUCUCCUGUCAGAGCAGCAUUUCAUUUCCAUCAACUCUAAGUUGGACAUCUUUCCACUUCCUCUCUAGGACUUCUCUUCAUUCUGUUGAAGAUCAUUCCUCUAUGGAUGUAAAGUCUAUAUGGGAUGAUAUCAGAUUGCAUCUCCGACGCUUCUUAGUGGGCAAAUUACAAAGCCAUAAUGAAAUAAACAAUUUGCAGCAGAAAAUUCUGUUGAAAAAUCAGUGCAUACAACAACUCUUGUUUCUUUAUCCAGAAUCAGAAGUUAUAGUCAAGUAUCAAAAUAUACAGAAUAAACUUCUGCAGAACUGCUUUCCUUCUUAUAGCAGGGAAUCGAAUUUAGAUGUAAUGGUUCAGGGAUACCAAAGUACAAUGCUUAGGUUAUACUCAAUGAUAGAAGAGGAUUUUAACACACUGCAUGAGAUUUUAGCUCCAUCCUCAACAGUGAAAGUCAUUAAAGAAACCUACCUGGAUACUGUUACAGAAGAAAUGUCAAAAUUUCUUGCAAAUUUUUGUGAGCUGCAGUUCAAAGAAAGUGCUGCCCGAGUGACUAAAACAAGCAAGAGUUCCAGCAGGCACAGAGGAGCAGUGCAUGCUUUGGGUUAG